AUGUCGGCUGAGCAGCAAGUCAACGGUUCCGGUGCCCAGACCCCUGUCGCCGGCUCUUUCGCCGUCAAGUCUGGUUUGGCGCAGAUGUUGAAGGGUGGUGUCAUCAUGGACGUUAUCAACGCCGAGCAGGCCCGUAUCGCUGAGGAGGCCGGUGCUUGUGCCGUCAUGGCCCUCGAGCGUGUCCCUGCUGACAUCCGCAGGGACGGUGGUGUUGCCCGUAUGUCCGACCCCCAGAUGAUCAAGGAGAUCAUCGAGGCCGUCACCAUCCCCGUCAUGGCUAAGGUCCGCAUCGGUCACUUCGUUGAGGCUCAGAUUCUUGAGGCCGUCGGCGUCGACUUCAUCGACGAGUCCGAGGUCUUGACCAUGGCCGACGACGUCCACCACAUCAACAAGCUUAACUACAAGAUUCCUUUCGUCUGUGGUUCCCGUAACUUGGGUGAGGCUCUCCGUCGCAUCUCCGAGGGUGCUGCUAUGAUCAGAACCAAGGGUGAGGCCGGUACCGGUGACGUUGUCGAGGCUGUCCGUCACAUGCGCCAGAUCACCGCCGACAUCCGCAAGGCUGCCGCCGCCUCUGACGAUGAGCUCUUCGUCCUCGCCAAGGACUUGCAGGUCCCAUACCACCUUCUCAAGGAGACUGCUCGCCUCAAGAGACUGCCUGUUGUCAACUUCGCUGCUGGUGGUGUCGCUACCCCCGCUGAUGCUGCCAUGAUGAUGCAGCUCGGCUGUGACGGUGUCUUCGUUGGAUCCGGUAUCUUCAAGUCCGGUAACCCUGCUAAGCGUGCCAAGGCUAUCGUCCAGGCUGUCACCCACUUCAACGACGCCAAGAUUCUCGCUGAGGUUUCCCAGAACUUGGGUGAGCCUAUGGUCGGUAUCAACUGCGACCACUUGGUUGAGGAGCAGAAGAUGGCUGGCAAGGGUAACUAA